AUGACUUGGGCUCUUUUUCCUCAUGGACCUCGCAUGCAUCUCUCCAUGUCUUAUGGUGCUGGCUUGCAAAGUGCUCGUUCUUAUUGUUCUGGAAGCGCGAAUACCCACUUGUUUGAAAACAUGAUCACAAAUGCGGCUCACAUUUGGCACGAGCCUGGAAACGACUUUCUUGAUCAUGGCCAAGCUCAUGAGAAACGUCUCUCUCACACUUUGACAGAUGAUGUGGUAGCACGUCAAAUGGCUUUGAGCAGCACUUUGGCGGAGGACAGCUUAGGUCUGGCUUCACUUUGCAUGAAAAAGACGUUUGAUGUGCUCGAGCUCGAGAGCCCCUUCAAUCUAAGCAAGGAUUUGGAGCUGUUCUUUCCGCUUUGUACGUCAACUUCGUGCCUCGGACCACAUCAAAAUGUCGUGACAAUCCUUUCAUUGGCUCUGGACCCGCCAUUGAAUUUGUUGGUGGAGAAAGAACCCAUGAAAAGUGACAAGGCGCUGAUGGCAAGCGAAAGGCUACUGAGUGAUGCUGUUCGAUCAACGCUCUGUACAAUUCAGAAUUACUAUAUGCAGCACUUUCGCCACGUUUCUUUGAUCGAAGCCACCUUACGCCUACAUAAUAUGUGGCCAAAGCGCCUCGAUGUAUCACGUUUGGAAUACUCUGUUGGAUCAAGCACAUCCUCAGCUGAUUUAAAGGUACAUCUUCCUGGUUGGCGCAAAUAUGACGUCGAGUUGGCAUUAGCUGACAUCUCUUUAGGCUUUCGGUACACACGCACAGGUGCCCCCUUCGUCUUCUGGCAUUUGACUGAAGUUCCCCUAUAG